CACGAGCAGAACUGCGAAGCUCCAGCGUCAAACAUUAUUGUCACAACCCCAACCAACUAGCGCCUAUUGUCCAUCAAGUACCACGCCCACGCUAUGGCACCCCUGAAAAUUCUUAUCUGCGGCGGAGGUAUCGCUGGCCCCGCCCUUGCUUUCUGGCUCUCGAAGCUGGGGCAUGAUGUUACGAUUGUCGAACGAUUCCCCUGUUUGCGUGCCAGUGGGCAACAGCUAGAUCUACGGGGACCCGGAAUUCAAGUCAUGAAACGUAUGGGCCUCGAGGACCUUUUCCGCUCUCAAGGAAUAAGCGAGGUCGGCAUGCAGUUCGUCGAUGAUCACGGUAAACAGAAAGCUUUCUACCCGGUGAACAAGUCCGGCAAGGGAUUGCAGAGUUUCACAACCGACUAUGAAAUUAUGAGAGGAGACCUCUGUCGCAUGUUGUACAACCUUACCAAGGACCGUGUCAACUACAUAUUUGGUGUACAUGUCGAGAGGCUCGAGCAGGAUAGCGACUUAGUCAGGGUCAAAUUCUCCGACGGCAAGAAAGAUCAAUUUGAUCUAGUAGUGGGUGCGGAUGGACAAGGAUCGCAUACUCGGCGGAUGAUGCUAGGACCCGACGCCCCAGAUCCGUUCCACUUUCUCGGCCUUUACAUUGCAUACUUCACGCGGUUUGUUUUCACGCGAAGACAUGCUCGGGACACGAUUCAAGCAUAUCUCGGCUACUGUGCUGCCUCGGAAAAACUGGAAAAUGUCAGAAAGAGCGAUAUUCAGGAGCAAAAAGAAGUCUGGGCCCAACUCUUCGCUGAUGCUGCCUGGAAGACACCGCGAAUCAUCCGUGACAUGCAGAAUGACACGGCGGCGAACGACUUCUACUCUCAGAAGGUGGGACAAGUGAGGCUGGACUCUUGGUCUCGUGGUCGAGUUGUUCUCGUUGGGGAUGCUGCCUACUGUCCCUCUCCCGCCACAGGGAUGGGCACCACAUCGAGCCUUACCGGAGCCUAUGUCUUGGCAGGGGAGAUUGCCAAGUACUGUGGUCGUCUUGAAUCUUCCGAUGGUCCCAAGGACCCUCUGUUCACCGCUUUGAACGAGUAUGACAGAAAAUUUCGACCCUUCAUGAAAGAAGUACAAACACUAGGUCCCGGUAUGCCAAAUAUUGUAGCCCCGGAGACCAGAUGGGGCAUUUCUGUGAUGCACUUUAUCUUGUGGCUGGCUGCUUUGCUAGGCAUUGAUGCGGUUGCCCAAUGGUUUCUGCGCGAAAAGAAUGCAUGGGACCUGCCGUACUAUGAGGAGCUGGAUAUUUCUACCCAAGAGAGACCUGAGCCUGCCGAUGCCAAGAAGUCACGCUAGGCCUGGGAAAUUUACUCAGAUAAGGAAAGCUCAACGCUGAACUCCCAGUUCCGAACCGAAUUCAAUAGCAUUUGUUGGACAAUUUGAAGUAUUACUGAUAAUUAACGCUAAUAUUACUGUCAUCGGCUGUGGCCACGUGGUGAGAGCUUGUUACUAGUCAUUACAUUGAUUAGUACAUUCGCCGCCUGUACCUAGUUUCUUCCUCCUUAAGCAGUUCCAUUUCAUUCCUCG